GGACAUGAGGGCCAUACUGAUCCUGGGAUUAAGUGUUGCUCUUUUUUGCUCAGUGGUCUUUGCCGACCACCACAAGGACGAGGGGAAGAAACGUGGACACAAAGACGACCACGAGAAGAAAGGUGAUCAUCACCACCGCCAUGGCCACCGCCACCAUGGCCAUCACCAUGGCCACCACCGCCACCAUCAUCACCACAAGCACCAUCACCAUUCAAAUGAGACACUUGCCUGCCUUAAAUUAGCACUUAGCAAUUCCAAAUUUGCAUUUGAUCUCUAUAGACAAAUAGCAUUAGGCCAUCCAUCAGAAAACAUUGUCAUUUCCCCAGUAAGUAUAUCUACAGCAUUGGCUUUCUUGUCCCUCGGUGCCAAAGCCAAUACCCAUGACCAGAUCAUAGAAGGCAUUGGUUUCAACACCUCUGAGAUCCCUGAGAAAGAAAUCCAUGAAGGCUUCCACCAUCUGCUGGAGGUGCUGAAUGAUGAGGACAGUGAGCUGCAACUCAACAGUGGGAAUGGCCUUUUUAUUAGUAAUGCGUGGAAAAUCCUUGACGACUUUCUUAACAAUGGCAACAAUCUCUACGAUACCGAAGCCUUCACUGUAGACUUCCAAAAUACUGAAGAGGCUACAAAACAAAUCAACAGCUACGUUGAAAAGGAAACAAAUGGCAAUAUUGUUGAUGUGCUGAGCAGUGUAAGCAAAGAGGCAGCUUUAGUUCUUAUUAACUUCAUCUAUUUCAGAGGAAAGUGGGAAAAUCCUUUUGAUGAGAAAUCUACCAAAGAAGGAGAUUUCCAUGUGAAUAAGGAUGAGACUGUGAAGGUGCCUUUCCUGUCCAGGACUGGCAAUUACGAAACUGCGGUCUUGGACGAAGCAACCGUCGUAGCUGUCCCCUACAAAGGGAACGCCUCUGCCUUAUUCAUCCUACCCAACGAAGGCAAACUGGAAGAAGUUGAGGCAAACUUGAAGUACAUAGUGAAGAAAUGGAAAAGAUCCAAACACAGGGACAUCGUGGAUUUAAGCAUCCCCAAGUUUUCUAUUUCUGGUUCCAUUGACCUAAAGGAAGUCCUACCUAAAUUCGGAAUAGUUGAUCUGUUUUCCGACAGUGCGGAUCUGUCAGGAAUCACUGGGGCUCCCGACCUGAAAAUUUCAACUGCUCUUCACAAAGCUAAGAUCAAUGUGGAUGAGAAGGGAACAGAGGCUGGUGCAACCACUGUGUUGGAGGCCAUUCCAAUGAGACUUCCUUCUCAGAUUCGUUUGGACCAUCCAUUCCUAUUCACUAUAUAUAAUUACGACACCAGAAGCAUUCUCUUCAUUGGUAAAGUUGCAAACCCAGCAAAAUAA